GCAAAACCCCCACCGCUUCCCCUUCCCCGAGCAGAAGAAGAGCGAGCGGCAUCCAUGGCGCCGAAGGCGGAGAAGAAGCCGGCGGCGAAGAAGCCCGCGGAGGAGGAGCCCGCCGCCGAGAAGGCGGAGAAGGCCCCGGCGGGGAAGAAGCCCAAGGCGGAGAAGCGGCUCCCGGCCGGCAAGGGCGAGAAGGGCGAGGGGAAGAAGGACCGCGCCGGGAGGAAGAAGGCGAAGAAGAGCGUGGAGACGUACAAGAUCUACAUAUUCAAGGUGCUGAAGCAGGCGGAGAAGAAGCCGGCGGCGAAGAAGCCCGCGGAGGAGGAGCCCGCGGCCGAGAAGGCCCCCGCGGGGAAGAAGCCCAAGGCGGAGAAGCGGCUCCCGGCCGGCAAGGGCGAGAAGGGCGAGGGGAAGAAGGACCGCGCCGGGAGGAAGAAGGCGAAGAAGAGCGUGGAGACGUACAAGAUCUACAUCUUCAAGGUGCUGAAGCAGGUACACCCCGACAUCGGCAUCUCCUCCAAGGCAAUGUCUAUCAUGAACUCCUUCAUCAACGACAUCUUCGAGAAGCUCGCCGGCGAGGCUGCCAAGCUGGCGCGGUACAACAAGAAGCCCACCAUCACCUCCCGCGAGAUCCAGACCUCCGUGCGCCUCGUGCUCCCCGGCGAGCUCGCGAAGCACGCCGUCUCCGAGGGCACCAAGGCCGUCACCAAGUUCACAUCCUCCUAGGCAUCGAUGGUUAGAACAGUAGAACUGGAUGGUGAAUUGUUACUCACCUACUGUUUCAUAUUGCUCUAGGUCGUUAGUUUGGUAUUCUGUGGGAAUGGGGGUAAGAAAAUUGCGCUGGUUGUUUUGGGGAAACCAUUGUCUUAAGUACCCUGGAGUAUUAACUUUGCUUUAAACCAUGUUAAUAGGUGAUUUCUCUUUUGUUAUCUCUGGUUGGCUUAUGCUUGUUGGAAACAAUUAAUGUCUGAUCUUGUAGAAUUAAUAUUGACCAGAAUUUGAUUUCUGGAUCAUGUUUAUUUGGAGUUUGGUGCUACUGCUCAAGUGUCACCAUGUAGUUUAUAGGUUUGAAUGUUCUAUGGUAGGGAACUACCUC